AUGGCCCUUUAUCGCGCUUUCGCGCUUCUGGCCGCAACUCCAUUCGUUCUGGGCUCGUCCGACGACCCCCUUCCUCCGGUGCCUGACAACCACGAUGUCCUACAAUACGUCGAUCCACUCAUUGGAAGUGCAAAUGGAGGUAUCUGCUGCUCUGCGAAUUGCCUCGGUGCUUAG